CCCACCUGUGUUUUCUACGUCGAAUUCCUACCUAUCGACCCACCUCCUAAUAAUCAUCCACCAUGGAAGAAGAAGUUGCGGCUCUCGUCAUCGACAAUGGUUCGGGUAUGUGUAAGGCCGGUUUUGCCGGUGAUGAUGCGCCACGAGCUGUAUUCCCCUCCAUUGUCGGCCGUCCCCGUCACCAUGGUAUCAUGAUCGGUAUGGGCCAAAAAGACUCAUAUGUUGGUGAUGAGGCACAGUCAAAGCGUGGUAUCCUGACCCUGAGAUACCCCAUCGAACACGGUGUUGUAACCAACUGGGACGACAUGGAGAAGAUCUGGCAUCACACCUUCUACAACGAGCUGCGUGUGGCUCCUGAAGAGCACCCAGUUCUCCUGACCGAGGCUCCCAUCAACCCCAAGUCCAACCGUGAAAAGAUGACUCAAAUCGUCUUUGAGACUUUCAACGCGCCCGCCUUCUACGUCUCCAUUCAGGCCGUUCUUUCGCUUUACGCUUCCGGUCGUACAACUGGUAUCGUGCUUGACUCUGGUGACGGUGUCACUCACGUUGUACCCAUUUAUGAAGGUUUCGCUCUUCCUCACGCCAUCUCGCGUGUUGACAUGGCUGGCCGUGAUUUGACCGACUACCUCAUGAAGAUUCUUGCUGAGCGUGGCUACACCUUUUCCACCACUGCUGAGCGCGAAAUCGUCCGUGACAUCAAGGAGAAGCUUUGCUACGUCGCUCUUGACUUUGACCAAGAAAUUCAGACCGCCAGCCAAAGCUCCAGCCUCGAGAAGUCGUACGAGCUUCCUGACGGACAAGUCAUCACCAUCGGCAACGAGCGCUUCCGUGCCCCAGAAGCCCUCUUCCAGCCCAGCGUUCUUGGUCUUGAGAGCGGCGGUAUCCACGUCACCACCUUCAACUCCAUUAUGAAGUGUGAUGUCGAUGUCAGGAAGGAUCUAUAUGGUAACAUUGUCAUGUCUGGUGGUACUACCAUGUACCCUGGUAUCUCCGACCGUAUGCAGAAGGAAAUCACCGCUCUUGCUCCGUCGUCCAUGAAGGUUAAGAUCAUCGCCCCGCCAGAGCGCAAAUACUCUGUCUGGAUCGGUGGUUCAAUCUUGGCCUCGCUCUCUACCUUCCAACAGAUGUGGAUCUCAAAGCAAGAGUACGACGAGAGUGGUCCUUCCAUUGUUCACCGCAAGUGCUUCUAAGCUAUCACAUCUCGUGUACGGUUAUAGAAAAGCAGCCGUCCAGCUAUUACCACGGUUGUCAUGGGUCCGACAAUGUGCAUAAUGGUUGUGCAUGUAUCGGCUCCCGGCCCAAAGACUUCGCCCUCCUUUUUUUUUAUGCGAUCCAGUUCCUACUUUCCCGACUAAAAUGGCGAACCGGGCACUAGUUUGGACGGUGGAAUGUGUUACGUGGUGAUGACAAGCGAGCGG